AUGGUCAUACUCGAUCUAGAAUCUCUAGACGAACUAGAUUCUAGACUAGAUAAAGCAGGCGACAAAUUGAUAAUACUGGAGUUCUACGCGCCCUGGUGUGGAGCAUGUAAAAUGAUCGAGAACAAAGUCAAAGAAAUCGCCCUCGAAUUCCCGGACAUUUUAAUUUUGAAAAUCGACGUUGAGGAACAUGAAGAUAUAGCUCAAGACUACGACGUAGCCGGUAUGCCUACUUUCGUCUUCAUUAAAAACAAGGUGAUCGUGAAUCAGUUUUCGGGUACCAAGCACGAGAAACUCAGAGAGGAUAUUGAAAAGUAUAAAUAA